AUGACAAAGAAAUUAAUUUUACACUGGCUUAAUUAUUCAAGAUCACAAAGAGUUGUAGUUCUUCUUGAAAAAUUGAAAGUUCCUUAUGAAAUUAAAGUUUACGAAAGAACCAAAGAAUUUAGAGCUCCAAAAGAAUUGGAAAAAAUUCAUCCGUUAGGUAAAUCACCGGUUCUUGAAGUCAUAGAUGAAUCAACAAAUGAAUCUCAAAUUAUUACUGAAACUGGUCAUAUUUUUAAUUAUCUUUUAAAAAAUUUUGAUAAAGAUCAUAUUUUAACUCCAACAGAUGCUAAACAACAAGAUGAAGUUGAUUAUUUUUUACAUUAUUCUGAAGGUACCUUACAACCAUUACUUGUUUCUUUAUUAGUUCAUGGUUUUGCUAAAACUAAAGCUCCUUUUGGUACUAGAUUUUUAAUGGGUUUAUUAGUUAAAGGUAUUGAUGAUCAAUUUUAUUUACCAGAAUUAUUUAAGAACUUAUCGUAUUUAGAAGAAAUUUUAAAAAAUCAACACGAAAAAGGUUCAUCUUAUUUUGUUGGUUCUCAAUUAACUGGUGCUGAUAUCAUUUUAUCAUUCCCACUUAUUGUAAAUCUUGUUGAAAAUAAAAGAUUAGAUGCGUUUGGUACUAGCGAUUUAGAAUUUGCAAAAAGAUAUCCAAAUAUUAAAAAAUGGGCUGAAUUUAUUGUUAAAUUACCAGAUUAUGUUAAAGCUGAAGAAAAAGUUGCUAAAAAUAAACCUAUAACACCAAAUAUUUAA